GUAGCUAUAGCUAGCAAUGUCGGGAUUGAUGCAUAGGAUUUAUUCAUAACAAUAAUAACUAUCCCAGGAUAUCGGCAGUUUUGGUGAGCAACAUAAUCAAAAGGACACCCGUGUGCAACUGAGCAUUUGGUGCUUCACCUGUUUGUUAUUUGAUUAUUUCAUUAGAUUUAUUAUGGAACGGAACGGUUUUGCCUCUCUGAACAGCAUCUUUGCUAGCAGCUACAACCGCAGGAGUAGGAACAAGCACCGAGUAGGUUAGGCCUCACAAAGGCCUUACUCUGUUUUGCUGUGAAUUCCUACUCUGUCUUUUUACGGACUGGCGACAAGACAAUUCCUUUUUUCAUUUUAAUGGGAGUCUGUGGAUAACAUGGAUCUGUAAUCAUUCAGCCCUGAGAAAUUGCAGAGAACGGCAGGACUCGCUGUGUCAAACCUGCGUUGCAUUGAAGCGACUUGGAAGCACUAUGUGCAUUGUAGCAAGCUAAACAACUGUAUAUAAUAAGACAUUUCACGUAGCAACUGGACAGUUUUGUCAGUGGAAAGGAUCUGGGCUGUGGAUAUCACCUCUUAUCAGAACCGACAAACAAAGGAUUCGUUUUAAAAGCUGAGCAACUGAAUGUUGUAUGAAUGUGGGACAAAAUGGAGACCCCAACGAUAGUGUACGAUCUGGAUACCUCUGGGGGUCUAAUGGAGCAAAUCCAAACCCUGCUUGCUCCCCCAAAGUCCGACGAUGGCGAAAAAAGAAGUCGCAAGCCGGAUAAAGAUGCUCGAAGAAGCGGCAGGGCCACGAACCACGAUACCUGCGACAGCUGCCGAGAGGGAGGCGACCUCCUCUGCUGCGAUCAUUGUCCUGCCGCUUUCCAUUUGCAGUGCUGCAAUCCACCGCUCAGUGAGGAGAUGCUGCCCCCUGGAGAUUGGAUGUGUCAUCGCUGCAUGGUGCGUAGAAAGAAGCGGGAGCAGAAGAAGGAGCAGCUGAACGGCCUGCUGGAGCGGCAGGUGUCGAAGUUGUCCCCGUCCCCGUCCCCAUCGCCAGCGGCGGAGCUGGAGCUGGGUGCCCUGCGGCUGGACGGCGGGCCGGGGGCGGGGCCCGGGGCAGCGGUGGCGCAGGCGCGUCUGCUUGAGCGGCGGCCCGGCAGCCGGCCCGGCACGCCCACCUCCAACGCCUCCACGGACACGGCCACGCCCUCGGAGCAGAACGACGUGGACGAGGACCUGCUGGACGUGGACGCGGACGAGGCGCCGGGCUCGGAGCCCGAGAGCGCCCCGCAGCACCUGAAGAGGCCCUUCGAGCUGCUGAUCGCCGCCGCCAUGGAGAGGAACCCCACGCAGUUCCAGCUCCCCAACGACCUCACCUGCACCACUGCACUUCCAGGAACCAGUAAAAGGAGGAGGAAAGAGGAGACGACAGGAAAGAAUGUGAAGAGGCCACAGCAUGAACUGGACCACAAUGGGCUGGUCCCACUGCCAGUGAAGGUGUGCUUCUCCUGUGGCAGGAGCUGCCGGCUGGCUCCGCUGAUUCAGUGCGACUAUUGCCCCCUCCUGUUCCACAUGGACUGCGUUGACCCCCCCCUCACCGCCAUGCCGACGGGCAGGUGGAUGUGCCCCAAUCACAGCGAGCAUAUCGUGCUGAACCAGAGAAACCUGACCCUGAGCAACCGCUGCCAGCUGUUCGACCAGUUCCAGGACCGGAUGUCCCAGCACGCUGUGAAAUUGGACUUCUUGCAGCGGGUGCACCGUCAGAACCCGCCCAACCGCCCCGGUGCCCACCCGCACCGCACGAAAACGCUCAAGGUCCCCGAUGCCAUCAAGUCCCAGUACCAGUGUCCCCCGUGCAUGGUGGCCCCCGCAGGAAUCCGAAACGGGGAGCUGAUCUGCAACGGCGUCCCGGACCCCCCACACCAGCACCUGCCCUCCCAGCACUUAACCAGCGAAGCCGAGCAACAGGAGUGGCUUCGUGACAUCAUCGCACUGCAGUGCAGCAUUGUGAGACAUUUAUCUGCUAAGCAGAUGCCAUCCUCUUAUUGGGACUCUGAGCAGGCGGAGAAGGCGGACAUUAAGCCUUGCGUGGUGGCGGAGAACAACGUCCUGUGCUCCUCUGACAGGACGGUCUCUCCAGAGCCCCGCCCCUUGCCCUGCAGCACUCCCAUCGGCCCCCAGGGGGCCCCGCUGCUGAACUCUUUCGGCCCCUCAGAGGAGCGGGGGUGCUGCGGCGCGUGCUCUGAGAGGCCGUGUGAGAGCUGCAGGACGGCCAACGGCCUGCUGGAGCAGCCGGCCCGGAGCAACGGGCCUCUGGAGCGCGGCGGGAGCCCGGGGGCGUGCGCACAGGGCUGGCCCCGCCCCCAGACGCCCCCUGCCCCGGGCCCCACGCUGCCCAACCACACCGGUGGAGUGACAGUGAAGGUGGAGAGCGCCGGCCUCAGCCCGUGCACCAACUCCGACCCGGGCCUCACCCCUCAGCCGCACAGGACCGCCUCUGGGGGGCAGGCCGCCGUGCUGAUGAGCAGUAGCGUGUCCUCGCCCGCAGUAGGGACCCGUGCCCUCACUCCACAGAGAGCGCCGCCGCGGGACGACGGCCCCGGCAGGCCAGGCUGCCCCACUCCGCCCUUGGAUGGGAAGGUCAUCCUCCGCGCCGUAUCCCCUGGGACCGGGUCUGUACCCUCGGCAACGGGGGACCUGUCCGGCUGCAUGAAGGCGCUGAUCGAGGGAGAGGGAGAGAUCGAGCUGAGUAAGCUGGACGAGAAGUUCAUCAAACUGCUGGCGUGGCAGAGGAUCCAGCAGCUCUUCUCUCCCAAAGCGGCUCCCACCCAGGGGCCGCGCGUGAGCCCGCCCCCCUCCGCCUCCUCGCCCCCGCCGCAAGCACUGCACGCUGAAGCACAACAGAAAGAGGUGCAGGCCAGAGCUGUGUUCUACCCUCUCAUGGGAAAAGGAGGUGGGGUGAACAUGUGCUACAGGAGCCUCUACAUAGGAACUGGUGCCGAUAUGGAUGUGUGCCUUACAAACUACGGUCAUUGCAAUUAUGUGUCGGGAAAGCACGCCUGUAUCUUUUACGAUGAGAACACGAAGCAUUACGAGCUGCUCAACUACAGCGAGCACGGGACCACGGUGGACAAUGUGCUGUACUCCUGUGACUUCUCUGAGAAGACCACCCCCAGCCCUUACAGCAGCAUGGUCUCCAAAGUGCAGAGCAUCAUACGACGCUGUAAGAAACGGAAACAGCAGCAGCAGCAGCAACAGGAGGAAGAGGAGGAGGAAGGGGCAGAGACCGGGGUCACGCCGCCGGGGGGCACGAUGAACUGCCAGCCCCAGGGGGCGGCCCCGAGCCCCUGCAGCUGCAAGGCCAGCAGCUCCAGCCUGAUCGGGGGCAGCGGGGCGGGUUGGGAGGGCACGGCACUGCUCCACCACGGCAGCUACAUCAAGCUGGGAUGCCUGCAGUUCGUCUUCAGCAUCACCGAGUUCGCCAGCAAGCAGCCCAAAGAGGAGGAGCUGUGCAGCCCUGGCCAUGACGGGACAGAGCUGUCCGACAGGCAGCACAGUUUAAAGCUCCACCAAGUGCCGGUGCUGCGCUCCAACUCUGUCCCCUAGCCCCUGUCCACCAGGCCACGUGUCUGACUUGUACAAACAAAAAAGGAUUUUUUUAUUAUUAUUUAAGUAUUCAUACAUUUGCAUGAAAUGAAGUAUUUUUGGGGGCUCGGAUUUUGAGGGCGAGUUGCACAUAGUUUCUAUUUUUUUUUUAAUUGCAAAACUGAAACCGUUAUUUAGAUUUGCAGAAAAAGAAGGGAUACUUUGAUUGUCCUCAACAUUCUAAAAUAAUGAAAAAAGUCUCCAAGUUUCCAUUAUACUUGUAAAGUAAUCGGAACUUGUUCUAUUUUG